CCACAUCAUGUAUGGACUGAUCCUGUGGGGACAUGUACCAGCAGCAAAGGAUGUGCUGAUCCUCCAAAAAAAGAGAAAUCCAAACAAUCACAUUCUCGGAAAGUAGGGACCACUGUAAACCUCUCUUCAAAGGUAUGGGGAUCCUCACCAUCUACAGUCAGUACGUGUUCUGCUCACCAUCACACCUGAUGGACAACCAGGAAGCCUGGACGAGAAGAGGUGAAAUCCACAGCCACAAUACAUGCCGAGCUGCUUACUUUGAGGCAUCCCACACACGAUUGAGCUGCACCUACAACAGCUACCCGGCAGCAGCCAUUUGGUUGUUCAACAGGCUGCCCAGCGAAGUGAGAAAUUUACCAAGAGAUAAACUGCUUAGCACAGUGAAGCUGAAGCUGAACGACAGGCCACUCUACUCAUUUGCUGAGCUUGAGGAUGAGCCCCUUUUUUGAAUCAGUUCUACUCCAACGACUAGCCAAAAUGGCUACCAACCAACCUUGUUCAUGACACUGUCUAUCUGGAAUCCCCAGUCUUCGACAACGACAACAAGUAUCAAGGAAGGAAUGGAAAAUGGACGAAGUGAUGUGUGGUCAUUAAAAGAGGAAGUGAAUCUCCUAGAAGCAAUAAUGGUGUGUGGUCUAGAUUGGAUAUCUAUUUCAAAACGUUGUGUAGGACGAUCAUCUGAUGAAUGUGAACGACAUUACUAUAAUUAUUUUAUUGAUAAUCCAAGAUUGAUUGAUUUUAGUAUUCUAUUAAAGAAAACUCGUGAAUUUUCCUGUAACAGCAGAACUUACCUCUGUCGAAGUCUGCUGUCAGAUAGUGUUUGUAACUGUGGUGAUAAUGAAUGUGAUAACUCUAGUUUGAUAAGUACAAUAAAAGAAGAAAAUAUUUUAUCAGACAAUGAAGUCACACUCAAAAGGACAUUUGGCUCUGUUGCAACUUGUGUAACUAAUAGAAUAUUGGAGGAGGCAAAUUCUGAUAAGCAUGGUGGUAGCUCUCCCAGUUCAUCCAAAACUGACGUAAUUUCAAAGUUACAUCAUGUUGAUUCUAAUUUCCAAGGAAGUACUGCUAAGCCUAAUGAAAAUAUAAGUUCUCUCUCUCACAAUUCCAAUCUGAUAAAAGUUGAGCAAGAUGUGAAAAUUGACCGUGAUUCAACUUUUAUCCCCAAAGUAUCAGAAAUCAAUCACGACUGUAGUAACAGUGGUUCAUCAUUAGAUAAAUGUUUGCUGAAAAACGAAAGAAGUAUCCCCACUGAAGCAAGCUUUUCAGGUACAACACAGGGAAAAACAAUAAAGUGUGAACCAUCUUAUGUUGAUGAUGUAAAACCUUGUGAUAACAUGAAUUUUCCUCAAGAAGUUACAAGAAGUAACCUCUCUGAAGCAAGCGUUUCAGGUACAACACAGGAACAAACAAUAAAGUGUGAACCAUCUUAUGUUGAUGAUGAAAACCCUUGUGAUAACAUAAAUUCUCCUCUUGAGUCAUCACCAGAAAUAGUUGAAUACCAUGGUACGCGUGCUGGAUUUGAUGCCAAUAGGAUUGAGUUUGACAUAGAAUUCGACAAUGCGGCAGAAGAAAGUCUCAAUAACUUACAUCAUGAGCUUCUCGAGGAGACGCCCAGUGAUGAUGAAGAUGACAACAAUUUGCUUCAACAACUGUCCAUAUCUGUGGUUCAAGGCUAUAUGCAUCGUUUGAAAGAACGCCACAGCAGAAAGUCGCUAGUUCAAAGAUUUGGUCUCCUUGACUAUUCUAGAAUUGCUAAUUACAUGAAAACUGUUCAGACGACAUUCGGAAAAAGAUUUGCUAAACGUCUAGUUCUGUUCAAACGAUUUUUCUCGUCCAAAGAUUAUGACAACUUCAUGAAAGGAUGCCAGCGUCUGAAUGAACUGAAAAACAAUUUUAGCACGCUAUGCAGUUACAGGGAGCGAGGCAUCACAACUCUGGCUGCUGGCAAUUUGUAUGAAGAGAUGUCGAAGAUUAGGAACGAAAGCACCAAACAAAUACAGGCGAUUCCUGUGGUCAGACGUCUGGAAAAUGGCGAAUCCGUUCUAAGCAGCACCUUUCGUCGCCCGGCUCCGCCGAUUCCCGUUCAUCAGAUGCCUGGCUAUGAAUGUCUGGAAAAAGAAGAAGCCGACUUCUGUUCCAUUCAAAGGAUAGCUCCAAAAUCAUUCCUGGAAUACAAAAGCACACUGAUAAGCGAGUGUCAAAAAAGAAAGUGUUUGAAGCUAGCUCAUGCAAGACCACUUUUAAAGAUUGACGUCAAUAAAACAAGAAAGCUGUAUGAUCUACUCUUGAACAAGAACUUGAUAUGGAAGGAUGAAAAAAUGACUGAUCAGUAGAAGACUUCUUUCAGAAUAGUUUUAUAACUCAAGCUUGUAAAUAUAAAAGGUAUAU